GCUGUCUGAGUUUACAGCAACCAGUUCAAGCCUACGGUGGGGUCGCCUUAAGCCGCGAGGGUCAGAGAAAAAGAAGAGCCAUAAUCGCUGACUGAACCUCUAGUGAGCCAUGGACUCUUCUCAGUCCCAGCAGCAGCAGCAGCAACAACAACAACAGCCUCAACAGCAGCCGCCGCCACCGCCGCAGCAACCUGUUGUGAAGAAGAAGGAGACUAGAGGCCGAAAGCCAAAGCCUAAGGACGAGAAGAAGGACGAACAACAAACUAAGAAGAUGAAGGCUCAACAACAACCCUCCGUCGACGAGCGUUAUACUCAGUGGAAGUCUCUUGUUCCUGUUCUCUAUGACUGGUUUGCUAACCAUAAUCUCGUUUGGCCUUCUCUCUCUUGCCGGUGGGGUCCUCAGCUUGAGCAAGCGACGUAUAAGAAUCGACAGCGACUUUAUCUUUCCGAACAGACUGAUGGUAGUGUUCCAAAUACACUGGUUAUUGCAAAUUGUGAAGUUGUGAAGCCUAGGGUUGCAGCUGCAGAGCACAUUUCUCAGUUCAAUGAAGAAGCACGCUCACCAUUUGUGAAGAAGUACAAGACUAUCAUACAUCCUGGUGAGGUUAACAGAAUUAGGGAACUUCCCCAGAAUUCCCGAAUUGUUGCCACACACACUGAUAGUCCAGAUGUUCUCAUUUGGGAUGUUGAGGCACAACCUAACCGUCAUGCUGUCCUUGGUGCCACAAAUUCUCGCCCAGAUUUGAUCCUGACUGGUCAUCAAGAAAAUGCCGAGUUUGCUCUAGCAAUGUGCCCCACUGAACCUUAUGUUCUUUCUGGAGGGAAGGACAAAUUAGUUGUUUUGUGGAGUAUCCAGGACCACAUAACAACUUCUGCCACAGACCCUGCUGCUUCAAAAUCACCAGGAUCUGGAGGAUCUAUCAUAAAGAAGCCGGGAGAGGCAAAUGAUAAGGCUUCUGAUGGCCCUUCUAUUGGGCCACGAGGAGUUUACCAUGGCCAUGAGGAUACCGUUGAAGAUGUGACCUUCUGUCCGUCCAACGCACAGGAGUUUUGCAGUGUGGGAGACGAUUCUUGCCUAAUAUUAUGGGAUGCCCGUACUGGCUCGGGCCCAGCUGUCAAGGUCGAAAAGGCACAUAAUGCUGAUCUUCAUUGUGUUGAUUGGAAUCCCCAUGAUGAUAAUCUUAUAAUAACAGGGUCAGCAGAUAAUUCUAUUCGUUUGUUUGAUCGUCGGAAUCUCACUUCUAAUGGAGUUGGCUCGCCCAUCUACAAAUUUGAGGGCCACAAAGCAGCGGUUCUUUGUGUUCAGUGGUCUCCAGAUAAAUCAUCUGUCUUUGGAAGUUCGGCAGAGGAUGGGCUGUUGAAUAUUUGGGAUUACGAUAAGGUUGGUAAAAAGACAGAGCGAGCUACAAGGACGCCUGCUGCUCCUCCCGGUUUAUUUUUUCAGCAUGCUGGGCACAGGGAUAAAGUCGUCGACUUUCAUUGGAAUGCAGCUGAUCCAUGGACUGUUGUGAGCGUGUCUGAUGAUUGUGAUACGACUGGUGGAGGAGGGACGUUGCAGAUUUGGCGCAUGAGUGACCUAAUUUAUCGACCGGAAGAGGAGGUGUUAGCUGAGCUUGAAAAGUUCAAAUCUCAUGUAAUUGAAUGUGCUGCAAAGCCUUGAGAGCUUCGUAAGCCAUGUUUUCUCGAGACAUAACUUAUUAGUAGGUUGUAGAUGUUGUGUUUGUAGUAGGUUUCGACUUCUAGUCUUUCUGUGCUCCAUUCUUUUCUUUUUUUGUGUGCAAGCAUUUGAAAUAUCCGGCGUCAGGCUCUCUCUACCAUUUAUAGAGUUUAUAUAGUCGUAGAAUGAAUAUGAUCCAUUGUGGCACCUUCAAUGAAUUGAGCUCUUGUUUCACCUGGAUUACUUGGAGCAUGGAUGCUUGAAA